UGUUAAUGCAAUUAGUCGGACUAGAAAAACUGUCGGAGACAUAAUUUUGUUUUGUUUCUGAUUUCGUGUGGUAUAUGUGAAUUGUUACCGUAAUACCAUGAAACGUUAAUAUGAAUGAUUAUAUCGCGUAGAGUGGGAGCAUUAUCCAUUACUUUCGUUGUGGUUAUCAAAAGCGAAAGAUGAAGGUUUUGCAUGGUGUAAAGCAUGUAACACUAAGUUGGUGCCUAGGUUAUCUAUUAUAAAAGAACAUGCAACCACUACUAAACAUACGAAUGUGAAUGUCAUAAAAAGGACAGAUCAGCGUUGUCGAUCUAUAUUGGCAUUAUUCCGGAAUUUUGUGCAUCCAAUUUUGGCAGGAUUUGUCAGUUUUUUUGCCUAAGCAGGGCAGGAUCUCUAAUUUAAGGUUGGUCACACUGGUUCUGAGUUCUCAGUAAUCUAUAGUCUAUGUUUGCAAAUUUGAGGUUAUGCUAAACCGCUCAGUUUAUUGACCUAUAUUUAUUUUGAUAAAUGUGAAACCAGUAGAUUCGCUGCUAAUAAAACAAAGAGUCAAAACUGAAAUAACUGCGAUGUCAACACUGUCUAGAUUUCAUAAAAUAGUUAUUAUAAGCUUAGGAGCUGUCGGUGGUGGAUUGGCGUAUUAUCAAAUAAACAAUAAAAAUGGGAAGAAAUAUGGUGUGCAUAACUCGUGGACAACAAAUUACGCACCUAGUGUUAAAUGGGACAGUAAUUGGGACCAUAGAGAACCAGAAAGUAUGACAAGGCCAAAGAGGUCAGCCAGUCCAGAAGAUGAGAACAAAUACAAUGAGAAAUUGGAAAAAGCCAAGAGCAAAGCUGUGCGACAUUUGUUUCUCAUUAGGCAUGGACAAUACAACUUAGAUGGAGGAACUGACAAAGAAAGGAUAUUGACAGAAUUGGGCAGGCAGCAAGCUGACUUAACAGGUCAGAGACUGGCAUGUCUAGACAUCAAAUGGGACUUAAUAGUGAGAUCCACAAUGACACGUGCCCAAGAGACUGCUAAAUUAAUUGCUAAGCAUUUAGAUAAAGAUAUAGAGGUGAAAGACUGUCAAAUGCUUGAGGAAGGUGCACCGAUUCCACCUGAACCACCUACUGGCCAUUGGAGGCCAGAACCAAGACAGUUCUUCCAGGACGGAGCGCGGAUCGAGGCCGCGUUCCGCCGCUACUUCCACAGGGCGCCCCCAGACCAAACCAAGGAUAGCUACACGCUGCUCGUCUGCCACGCCAAUGUCAUCCGGUUUUUUGUUUGCAAGGCACUCCAGUUCCCACCUGAAGGUUGGCUCCGGAUAUCCCUGAACCACGGCUCCAUAACCUGGAUCUCGAUAUUGCCUAACGGAAACGUUGUGCUCCGAGGACUAGGAGAGACUGGACAUAUGCAGCCCAAAUACAUAAGCAGCCGGUAAACAG